UCACAUUUUAGAAUGGGGUGCCUCGGGGCUGUCCAUAAUUUUAAAGGGUGCCUUGGGACUGUCCAUAAUUUUAAAGGGUGCCUCAGGACUGUCCAUAAUUUUAAAGGGUGCCUUGGGACUGUCCAUAAUUUUAAAGGGUGCCUCGGGACUGUCCAUAAUUUUAAAGGGUGCCUUGGGACUGUCCAUAAUUUUAAAGGGUGCCUUGGGACUGUCCAUAAUUUUAAAGGGUGCCUCGGGACUGUCCAUAAUUUUAAAGGGUGCCUUGGGACUGUCCAUAAUUUUAAUGGGUGCCUUGGGACUGUCCAUAAUUUUAAAGGGUGCCUCAGGACUGUCCAUAAUUUUAAAGGGUGCCUGGGACUGUCUAUAAUUUUAAAUGGUGCCUCAGGACUGUCCAUAAUUAUAAAGGGUGCCUCAGGACUGUCCAUAAUUAUAAAGGGUGCCUUGGGACUGUCCAAAGUUUUAAAGGGU